GCGGCGGCGGCGGCGGCGGCGGCGCUGGCGCGGCUCGCGGCGGCCUUCCUCCUCCUCGCGGCCCAGGUGGCCUGUGAGUACGGCAUGGUGCACGUGGUGUCCGAGACCGGGGGCCCCAAAGGCAAAGACUACUGCAUCCUCUACAACCCGCAGUGGGCCCACCUGCCGCUCGACCUAAGCAAAGCAUCUCUUCUGCAGGUGCGGGACUGGACCACCUCCGUGCUCUGCUCUGCGGCCGACCUCCCUGCCAAAGGCUUCAGUAACCAGAUCCCCCUGGUGGCGCGGGGGAACUGCACCUUCUACGAGAAAGUGCGGCUGGCCCAGGGCAGCGGGGCGCGUGGGCUGCUCAUCAUCAGCAAGGAGACGCUGGUCCCCCCAGGAGGCAACAAGACGCAGUACGACGAGAUCGGCAUUCCAGUGGCCCUGCUCAGCUACAAAGACAUGCAGGACAUUUUCGAGACCUUUGGCCGGGCGGCGCGGGUGGCGCUGUACGCCCCCAAGGAGCCCAUGCUGGACUACAACAUGAUCAUCAUCUUCCUCCUGGCCGUGGGCACCGUCGCCCUCGGGGGCUACUGGGCCGGGAGCCGGGACGUGAGGAAGAGGUACAUGAAACACAAGCGGGAUGACGGGCCCGAGAAGCACGAGGACGAGGCCGUGGACGUGACGCCCGUCAUGAUCUGCGUGUUUGUGGUCAUGUGCUGCUCCAUGCUGGUGCUGCUUUACCACUUCUACGACCAGCUCGUCUACGUCAUCAUCGGCAUCUUCUGCCUGGCCUCCUCCACGGGCCUCUACAGCUGCUUGUCACCGCUCCUCCAGAGGCUGCCGUUCUGCAGGUGCAGGGUCCCCGACAACAGCCUGCCCUACUUCCACAAGCGCCCUCAGGUUCGCACGCUGCUCCUGGCGCUGCUGUGCGUGGCCGUCAGUGUGGUGUGGGGCGUCUUCCGGAACGAGGACCAGUGGGCCUGGAUCCUUCAGGAUGCGCUGGGCAUCGCCUUCUGCCUCUACACCUUGAAAACCAUCCGCCUCCCCACGUUCAAGGCCUGCACGCUGCUGCUGCUGGUGCUGUUCAUCUACGACGUCUUCUUCGUGUUCAUCACGCCCUUCCUGACCAAGAGUGGGAACAGCAUCAUGGUGGAGGUGGCGACCGGGCCGUCGGACUCGGCCACCCACGAGAAGCUCCCCAUGGUGCUCAAGGUGCCCAGACUCAACGCCUCGCCGCUGGCCCUGUGUGACCGGCCCUUCUCCCUGCUGGGCUUCGGGGACAUCCUGGUCCCAGGGCUGCUCGUGGCCUACUGCCACCGCUUCGACAUCCAGGUGCAGUCCUCCAGGGUCUACUUCGUGGCCUGCACCAUUGCCUACGGCAUCGGUCUCCUGGUGACGUUCAUGGCGCUGGCCCUCAUGCAGCGCGGCCAGCCUGCCCUCCUCUACCUGGUGCCCUGCACGCUCGUCACCAGCUGCGCCCUGGCGCUCUGGCGCAGGGAGCUGGGCAUGUUCUGGACGGGCAGCGGCUUUGUGAAGGACCUACCUCAGUCGCCGUGGGCGCCCGCCUCCGCCGACGGCCCGCAGCCCCGGGCGGACUCUGACACCGCCCCCUCCCAGCAGCCUCCCGGCCAAGAAGCGUCCCCGUCCCCUUCGCCCGCGGAGCAGCCCCCGGAGCCGUCCGCGCCCGAGGAGAGCGGGGCCGGCACGCCCCACCAGGAGCCCGAGAGUCCGGCCGGCCUCGCCCCCGGCCCCUCUGCCUAGGGGAGGGCGCAGACUCGGCCCCCGCGCCCCGGCACUGGACCCGCGCGGCCCCCAACUUGGUGCUCUGGUCUGGCCGAUGCGCACGUCCUGCUCCAGCCCGGCCACAUCCCGGACCCCAGCCCUGCUCCGAGCUCGCGUGGUUAUCAAGCCCCCGGCCGGCUGAGGCCGACGCCGCGCGCGCCCCGCUUUCUUGGUGGUGGUGCCCCGGGGAGGGCGGAGCCGUCACCUCCGCCGGUGGCCGCGGACACGCCCAGUUUGGUGCUUACCCUGCUGCUGCUUCUCUUCGGGUCCGGGCCGGGAGAGGGAGGGGCUCUGGCUCCUGGUGGAGGGGCGCCUUUGCCCAGCAGGGCCCCCAGGGGUUUGGACCGGACCCCGGCGCGGCCUUGGGGGCCCCGCGGUGAGCGCCGAGCCCUGCUCCCGGCCCUUCCAUCGCCCGGAAGCGCCCAGCGCCUGUGCUCCAGCUCCAACAUGUUUGAAUAAACGGCCACGACUUUUUGAAAUUCUGGUAGUGUCGCCUCUUGGGGUGCGAGCCCUUCGGACUGCCCCUCUCGGGGGCGGGACUGGUGCCAGGCCGGUGGCCCCAUCUUGCCUUUCAGCUCAGAGGAACUCGGCCCCCACCCUCGCCACAGGCACCCGCACGCUCUCAGCACCCCAUCCAGUGCACGCACCUCGGCCUCCAACUCCAGCACGGGGGACGGGGAGCUUCUGGAAUGUGGGAGGAUAUUCUGGAACUGGCGUUAUGUCUUCUACCUCACGGACAGGGUUCUCUGAACCUCACGACGGAGAUGCCGCCGGCCCCCGUGUCACCGCCUCGCGACAGAGCCGGCGCCCGGACAGACACCCGGGUCUGCUGAUCGCCAGGGCCCCGGCCCGCUCCUCCCCGUCCACGACGUGAGGAGGGGCACAGAACCCACGCCCCACGCCGGCUCUGUGCUCCUCCGGCCCGCUGCUGUGCUGCAGACAGCAGGCGGGGGCCGACCACGAUCCAUUCCAAACAAUACCAGCGCCAGCCAGACUCACCGCCUCUCGGCCACGCCUCUCGAGGAAGAAACGAUGUUUAUUCCUAAAAAAACCAGAAGACGUCUUCCACCUGUUUCUGUGUGUUUCUCAAAAGAACAGGUGAUCCGGUGGGAGGGCGGGGCUGGAGCAGCUGGACCUGCCCAGCCCCACGGGAGCCCCUGGCCUUAGAGGCCGGGACCAGGACGCAGCCACGGGGCAGCGUGGGGGGAAGGCCCGAGCGGACCCCCGCCCUCCCUCUACGGACUGCGCCUUCCUCUAAGCCAUUUUGUAUGUCUUUAAAGAGCGCGGAAUCUCUUUUUUCUGUUUUUGGAGGUUUGACAAACGUCAAGGAAUUCAAAGCCGGAUGUUCCUGAAGUUUCAGUCUGCAGUUUUUGCCUUGCUUCUGUUUGAAUCUUACAAUUAA